AUGGUUACCGAUCCUGAUCUGAAGCAUGGCAUGGAAAAUGUUCCUUCUGCUGAGGAUCAAACCUCGCCUGCUCCGACUACUACGAUUGUCUUUCAACAAAAGCUUUUUAGCACUGGUGCUAGUCUAUUUCAAGUUUCUAGUGUGGAAUCAACAGUCAUCACUGUAAAUCCUCCCUUGGUUGGUUUAGUCCUUCCUUCAAGUUCGGAUUUGAUUUCUAUGGAAACGUCUGACAUGACUCCUGACUUUGGGAAUGAUGCUUUGUUGGAAGUCGCUGCUAUAACUCUACCAAACACUUUGCAGCAGAUUGUGUUGCCUUCUUCCCAGAAGGACCUUACUAUACCUACUCUUGUAUCACUUGCUGCAUCGCUUCCCUAUUUCCAACGUUCUUUUAUUGAGACUUCCGUACCUACAAGUCCUAAAAUCGAAAAUACAUCAGAUGAGGAGAUCCUUGAUAGAUCUCAUACAUGUCUGAUGGAAAGGAUGUAUUUUCUCGAUGAAGUUUCAGCCUGCACUCAGACACGUGCACAAAUUCUUGCCUUGAAACUUUGA